AGGCUAAGGCAGCAUGGAGAAGUCUUGGGGAAGCAUCUAUGCCUCGGAGCGGGGCUGGUAUGUCUCCGCGCGGCAAAAUCAGGGAGAAGAGACGGAGGAGCAGGAAGAGAAAGAAUCGAGUCCUUUGCUCCGCAGCGGACUUCAGAAUCAUGAAUCCCCAGGCAUUUCUUUUAGUUUUGCAGUGUUUAAUUUAAUGAAUGCCAUUACUGGAAGUAGCAUCCUUGGUUUGGCCUACAUUAUGGCCAAUACAGGUAUUAUUAUAUUUAGUAUCAUGCUACUGAUAGUUGGUAUCUUGGCUUCUUCCUCGGUUCAUCUUCUUCUUACUAUGUGUAUUCAGACAGCUGUUACAUCUUAUGAAGACCUUGGUGUUUUUGCAUUUGGAUCACUUGGGAAGGUGGCUGUGGCAAGUACAAUAAUCAUUCAGAACAUUGGAGCUAUGUCAACUUACCUUUUUGUUAUUAAAGCUGAACUUCCUGGUGCAAUUUCACAAUUUCUACCUGACUGUAGUGGAUCUUGGUAUCUUGAUGGAAGAAUACUGCUGAUAAUCAUAUGCGUCUGCAUUGUUUUCCCCCUUUCACUUCUUCCCAAAUUAGGCUUUCUUGGCUACACAAGUAGUUUAUCAUUUUUCUUUAAGGCGUUCUUUGCUCUUGUGAUUAUAAUUAAAAAAUGGUACAUCUCUUGUCCACUACAACUCACUCACGAAGAGGAAUCCUUCCAGAUUUCAAAUAUCACAGAGAAUUGUAAACCAGAGCUUUUUUACUUCUCCAGAGAGAGUGUUUAUGCCAUCCCAACUAUGGCAUUUUCAUUUCUCUGCCAUACCUCAAUAUUGCCCUUGUACUGUGAACUUCGAAGACCUUCCAAGAGCCGAAUGCAGAAUGUAACCAACACAGCAAUUUCUUUAAGUUUUCUCAUUUAUUUUUUAUCAGCAUUAUUUGGGUACCUCACUUUUUAUGAAAAAGUGGAUUCUGAAAUACUACAGAGUUAUAGCAAAUACUUGCCACAUGAUGUUGUCAUGAUGGCUGUGAAGUUAUGCAUACUGUUUGCUGUGCUCCUGACAGUCCCUCUAAUUCAUUUCCCUGCAAGAAAAGCAUUAAUAAUGAUGUUUUUUCCCAAUCUCCCAUUCUCAUGGAUUCGUCAUUUUUUGGUCACGCUAGCACUCAAUACUAUCAUUGUUUUACUUGCACUAUAUGUUCCCGACAUUAAAAAUGUAUUUGGGAUAGUGGGUGCCAGUACAUCAACAUGUUUGCUUUUUGUGUACCCAGGAUUAUUUUAUAUUAAACUCAGUAGAGAGGAUUUCAUAUCAAAGAAGAAGCUUGGGGCUUGUGUAUUGCUUCUCUUUGGAAUUAUUGUUGGGAUUUUGAGUUUUACACUAAUCAUUUUUUAAUGGAUUAGUAAAGAAAAGAAUCAUUUUCUCUUACUCUCACAAAAGAGUUAAUGGGAUGGUUUCCAGUAAAACAUGUGUAUCAUCACAGAGCUCAGUUGAUUAUGGAAUAUAGAAGACAUCUUAUUGCAAUUGUCCAGUUGUUUAAUCAUGUCCAACAAAGUUCAUGGAGUUUUCUUGGCAGAGAUAGUGGAGGGGUUUACCAGUUAUUUCCCAAGUGUGUACCCAUUUAAUAGAGUUGGAACUGAGGCAAACAGAGGUUAAACAAUUUGUCCAGGGUCACAGAGAGCAAGUAAAUGAGGCCAUAUUUGAACUCAGAUUUCCUGACUUUUUGCCAGUUGCUCUAUCCAAUGUAACACAUAGCUGCCCCUAUUAUUAUAAUUCUACUUCAAAUUUUUCAUCCAGUCUUGAAAGAGCAUGUUUUUUGUACAAGUGAAAGUGAACUUUCUCACUCCUGGACUUCACUACUUUUGAAGUGAUUUAAUGGGGAUGACCUAGAAUAAAUUGGUUAUCUUCUGGGAAAAGAAAGCAUUUUUUCAGUUUUAGCACAAAUCUAGUAAAACAACAGUUUGACAUUUUUAUAGUGUUUUAAAGUUUACAGACUAUAUCUAUUAUCUUAUUUGGUCCUCAUAACAUCCCUAUGAAGUAGGUAGUACAAAAAUUCAUCUCUGUACUUUACAGAGGUGAAAACUGAGGUUUCAAUGGGUAAAAUGAUUUGCCAGAGAUCAGAUAGCUGGUAAAUUGUAAAACCAGAAUUUGAACUCAGAUUUUCUGACUACAAAUCCAGUGCCCUUUUAAUAUUUUAUCAUGCUGCUUCUUUACAGUCUAACCGGAUUGCAGUCUACAUGAGUUCAAGAACUCCUUCUGCUAUUGCAUGUAUUUUUCAUAGUGUUAAGUGUUGUUCACUAAGUGCAUAGUAUUAAGACACAUAGGUGCUCUGGAAAUACUUGAUAAUUGAUCAGUUGUAAGAGGAUAGAAUCAGUGUUAGUAUAUAAAUUAAUGAUAUCCAUCUUCUUUAAUAGACUAAGAGACUUAUGUUUGCAUCGUGGGAAAUAACCAGUAUUAUUUUUUCUUGUAUCCUACUAGAGAAAUACUAACAACUUUUGCAGUUGAAACUAGUCAGUAUUUCCAUUGCAAGUACUUGUUUUCUAAAAGCUCAACUCAGUUUGAACUUUCAGGAUAUUUAUGUUCUGACUCUAUAAGCCAUUUUGUGUUUACACCACUAGUAUUAGAGAAAAUAAAGCUUUCUAGUUAUGUUCCUAGAGCACAGUGGGGAACUUUAAUCUAUUUGGAUCUAAUUAUGUGUUGCUAUUGAAUUCAAAAACCCCAUUAAAACCAUUAUGUGUUUAUGCCUUCUAUAAAUUCAGAUUUAGGCUCGUUGUGACAGCUGAUAAAAUUACUCCCCAAACUCAUCAGCUAGCCAAGAGAACUGAAUGCAUCAUUAGCAACAAAGGGCUUGUUUCACCAUUCCCAGUUAUUCAUUCCUCUUAUUUUGAAUUGAAAAUGUGUAUCUAAACAAGAGAUUCAUCCAUAUUAAACUUCUUGUUUUCUUAGUUUUUCUUUUACUUCUCAUUUUUAAUAACUUGAAUUGAGUAGUCAUUAUUUAGCAGGAAUGAGUUUAGCUAAUCUAAGAGAAAAAAAUUCAUUAGGACUUUUGGUGGAAGAAUGGUUGGAAAUCAGAAAUCGUAUGAUCUUAGCACUAGAAGGAAUCUUACAAUCCAAGUUUUGGAGCCAGAAGAUACUUUAGAAAUUAUCUGAUCCAACCUUUCAUUGACAUAACUCAAAUAAUUGAUUAAACGAUUUAAGCUCUUAAAA